AUGACGCCUUUUCGCUGCGGACUUACAGCUGUCUCUUGCCGACGUGGCCGCUCAAAACUUUCUAGACUUGAAAGAAUCCCUGAGGAAUCUCUUGUUCUUCCCAGUGUUCCGGAUUGUGAACAUUGUGGUACCAAGAGGUUUCACAUGGAACCUCCUUCUUUCUGCUGCCGUGGAGGCGAGGUUAAAAUUGUCUGUCCUCCCAUGCCUUACAGUUUGAAGCGUUUAUUUACUGGUUCUGAUGAGGAGUGUGAGGAUUUUCGAAGAAAGGCUCGCACUUAUAAUAACAAUGUAGCUUUUACGUCAUAUGCUGCAAAAUAUGACAGGGAAUUAACAAAGAAUAAACUUGGAGUUUAUACCUUUCGAGUUCAGGCUCAGAACUCUGAUAAGCUUCGUGAGGAUACUUUGAAGCUGCUUAUGAAUCUCCUCCAAGAUAAUCCUUAUGCAAAAUUUUUUAAAAGUUUAAGGGAUGUUCCAAACCUUGAAGAUCAUAGAAUUAUUCUCAAUUGUAAUCCUGGACUCGACCAGCGAGUAUAUAACCUUCCUACUACGUCCCAGGUUGCUGCUAUUUGGACUGAAACUGACGAUCAUUCAGUUGAUAUGCGUCCUCACAUUCAAGUUUAUAGUCACUCUAGCACGAGUUAUAGAGUCCAGCCUUAUUAUGGAUGCUGUGAUUCUUUACAGUAUCCUCUUCUCUUUCCUAGAGGUGAAUCUGGGUGGCAUUAUGGAAUUAAGCGAUUUCAUAAAAAGGGAAAAAAUGGAACUUUCUCUGAGGUAGACCCAUCUGUUGAUCUUUCUUCCAUACAUACUCCAUCGCAAUUGUUGGAGUUAGAGCAAAGAGUUGCUGACAAGGCUUCGACUGAAGACUAUUUUGUGUCUGCUAAAGAAUAUUAUUGCUACAAGUUCCAAGUCAGAGAUGAUGAUGUGUCUAUGUUGCUGCACAGUCUUAGAUUGUUUCAGCAGUUUGUCGUGGGUUCGUACAUUAAGAUUGAGAUGUCCAGGCUUGACUUCCACAGAAGAAAACAGAAUGAGAUACGCACAGAGGUGCUCCAAGGAGUUCUAGAUAGCAUUGCUAUUGGUCAGACACAGGGUUCUAGAGUUGGUCGAAGGACCAUUUUACCAGCAUCUUUUAUUGGGGGUCCGAGGGAUAUGAAACGCAGAUAUUUGGAUGCCAUGUCUUUGGUUCAAAAAUAUGGGAAACCUGACAUUUUUCUGACCAUGACAUGCAAUCCUAUGUGGAAGGAGAUUCAGGAGGGUCUGAGAUAUACAGAGAAGCCACAGGAUAGGCCAGAUUUAUUGUCUAGAGUUUUUAGAGCUAAAUUUGAAGUCCUUAAGUCUGAACUUCUGCAUAAACACAUUUUUGGAGAGGUUACAGCGUGCGUCUAUGCUAUCGAAUUCCAGAAACGCGGCUUUCCUCAUGCUCAUGUCUUAUUAAUUCUUAAGCCAGAGUUCAAAUUGUUAAAUGCUGAAUCAUAUGAUAAAAUUGUUUGCGCUGAACUUCCUGACCCAAAAGAACACCAGCACUUAUACUCUCUUGUAGUUAAGCAUAUGAUUCACGGUCCCUGUGGAGAUAUGGAUAAAAGUUGUCCUUGCAUGAAAAAUGGUUCUUGUAAAAGUCAUUAUCCAAAAAACUUUUCAGAUCAUACCAUUCAUGCUGAAGAUUCAUAUCCAUGUUAUAGAAGGAGGAAUGAUGGUAGAAAAGUAAAAGUUCGGCGGCAUGAGUUGGAUAAUAGAUGGGUUAUUCCUCAUAACCGAUACCUGCUUGCUUUGAUCGAUUGCCAUAUAAAUGUGGAAAUUUGUUCCACAGUGAAGCUUGUCAAAUACCUUUACAAAUAUGUUUUCAUAGGACCUGAUCUUAUCAGCUUUCAGGUCAUUGAUCAAGCUUCUUGUAGUGACGUCAACGAGAUCAGUAACUUUCAGAAAGGCAGAUGGAUAUCUCCGCCUGAAGCAUUAUGGCGAAUCUAUGAGUUCCGGCUAAGUGAAAUGACUCUGUCCGUUUAUACUCUUCAAGUCCAUCUUCCUGAUCAGCAAUCCAUUUCUUUUGACAGGAAUUCAGAUUUGAAUUACUUGCUGAAAAAAAUUGAUUUCUCUAGGACCAUGCUGACUGAAUUUUUUAAGACAAACAAGUCAAAUGCAAAAGCGCAGAACUUAAGGUGUUUAUAUAGGGAGUUCCCUGAACAUUUUGUAUGGACUCCUAAAACAAAAACUUGGUCUGAAAGGGAGCACCGACGAGUAAUAGGGAGAUUAGUUACAGCAAAUCCAAAGGAGGGUGAACGAUAUUUUUUGAGGCUCUUGUUAUGCCAUGUUCGUGGUCCCACGUCAUUUGAUGAUCUUUUGACUGUUAAUGGUGAACUAAUGAGCUCUUUUAGAGAAGCUGCUCUUAAGAUGGGUUUGUUGGAAUCUGAUAACUAUAUAGAAGAAACUCUAGAAGAAGCUGUAGCUUUUCAAAUGCCAUCAUUUCUGCGAUUACUAUUUGCUACUCUUCUAUUCUACUGUUCUCCUACUGAUCCUAAACUCUUGUGGACUAGAUUUGAAAAGGAUCUCUCAUCAGAUUAUGUGCAUGCUCAGAAGUUUACUCAUUAUUCUGAUUGUGAGAUUAAAAAAUGA